GAUCUGUUGGAUGUUUUAUGGUAACGCCCUCGUGGACGGCGUGGGGCUCAAGUGAAUUUCGUCCUAGAUCGUAUCUCAGAUCUUCCGACUGUUUCUACCAUUUCAGUCGGCUUGGUGCGGAUUAGUCGUUGGCGCCCGCCCUGUUACUCGACCACCUGUUCGUCGUAUAAAUCGCACCGAUGCUAGAUGCAACCUCACAGCCCCAUUCUCCGUGCUACUCCCCACAAUCUUAAGUAGAUCCCCCUUCAAUCGACGCCAUGACAGACGCUAGCCCCGAGCGCAAGGCCAGUUCGAGCAGCAGGAAGUCCAAAGAUACCAGCGUAGGACCAAGAUCGAACACCCCCGGCGAUCCGGCCGACUCGAGCCUGCUGACAUCUAUGGUCAGAAGCAAACGGACGCCUAUCGCAUGCACUGAAUGUCGCCGACGACAGGUCAAAUGCUCUGGAGGCACACCCCAGUGCGAGCGCUGCGAAAAGAGGGGCGUGAAGUGCGAGUACGUCCCGAUACACGUCCAGCGGCAACAAGCCGCCGCGGGCGCUGCUGGUGGCCCAGCAGCACAUGCCAUGUUGUCAGGAUCAUCGACAUCGCGGUCACUGCCGUCGACGCCGAUGCCCUGGCCUCCAUCAGCACCAAUGCACGUCGGUCCCACCACGCGACACUCCCCGAACUCGAUGCGCGACUGGCCAGAGUACUACGACAUGUCGGCGGAGAUGCUCCCCGAGUCACGGCGACAGACGCUACCCCAUUCAGCGCCAUCGUACGUGGGGGCCGACUCGUUCAGCCAAUCCCGAGCGGGGCCAUCUUACGGACGCUAUCCUAAUUACGGGCACGGCAUGUCGAACGCUCAGCACUACCCAGGGUCUUUGGCAGAUGCCUAUAGUUCUUCGACCGGCAACAGCGGCAGCCCCGCGGGCCAGGCUCUGGAUUUUAUGUUGCCCACGGAGAAUACCUCGCAGCUGAUGCCGAGCGCCAGUCAGAGCACGUCUUAUCCGAACCAAUACCUCCAGGGUCAGGGCUAUUACAACGCGCCUUCGGGCGCCACGGGCAUGCACGGGCAUAACUUCCAAGGGUGGAUGGAUCCCAGCAAUGCGAACUACUCUGCGUUUCAAGGUCAAUCCUAUCGUCGUAACGCGUGAAAGAGCAUUUAAUGACAUUCGCCCCGCUUUCGUCCCGAACAUGCACCUUGCUUUCUUGCGCGUCUGCUGUAUACAUAGUCACGAUGCUUCCACCAUCUAUUGCACAGUCCGCUAUCUAUUGAUUGUAGCUCUAUGUAACAUAUAUCCGCAUGCGGUCCUCGACAGGCCGACUUACACAUACCCUAGUGUUUAUGUCUUCUUACGGUGCGCACGCGUCCGCUUCCUAUCUAAUGCCGUCCUAUGCUAGCUCGCAGCUCCUUCGUUCAUAGCGAAGUGCCGACUCGGUCGGGCGAGCGACGCAUGAAGUUAGGCGUCCUGGUCUGCGUGCACGUGUCGUAUGGCCUGAUAUUGACUAUUAGACGG